GGAAGUGAAUGCGGGAGGCAGGCCCUUCAGCAUCACAGAGGGGACACUGAGAGGGAGUGUCUGUGCCCACAGGAGAAGCGGCAGUGCGGAAGCAGUAAGAGGAUGAAAGCCUACCACAAGCUGCCCUUCCGGGAGACCCAGAUCACCGCAGGGCCCUUUGGGGAGGAGGAGGAAGAGGAGGAGGAUGAGGAGGAAGAAGAGCCCCCGAAGCCCGUUGGUCCUCCCAAGCUGGGUCCGCUGCUGUGGUGGCUGGGAAGCGCUCUUCUGGCUGGAGCCGUUCUGCUGGGGGGAGCCGCCUUCUGGGCCCUCGGCCGGCAGGAGGUGGCCGCCCCGCCCCCGAAAUGCAGCUCCGUGCCCGAGGCCCACCGCUUCGACUGCUAUCCCGAACGGGACACGGUCGUGACCGAGGAGCUCUGCCGGGGCCGGGGGUGCUGCUUCCUGCAGGACGGUGGCUCCGCGGGGCCGCCCUGGUGCUUUUACCCUCCCGAUUUCCCCAGCUACACCCUGGAGAGCGUGAGGCAGACAGCCGUCGGCCUGGAAGGGACGCUGGUGAGGAAGGUGCAGGCCUACUACCCCCGGGACGUGCCGGAGCUGCGCCUGACAGUGGACUUUGAGACGGACGCUCGGCUCCACAUCAAGCUGACCGACGCCGCCAGCCCAAGAUACGAGGUGCCCCUGGAGGUUCCCCGAGCCACGAAGAGAGCUGAGAACCCCCUGUACAUCCUGGACUUCUCCCGGGAACCUUUUGGGAUAUUGGUGAAACGCCGAGGAUCAGGCGUUGUGUUGUUGAACACCAGCGUGGCUCCGCUCAUCUUUGCUGACCAGUUUCUCCAGAUUUCCACUCUCCUCCCGUCUGAAUUUGUCUAUGGGCUCGGAGAGCACCGCCAUGGCUUCCUUCACCAGCUGAAUUGGACCACCCUGACUCUCUGGGCUCGGGAUGUCCCCCCCACGGAGUCCUACAACUUGUAUGGGGCCCACCCCUUCUACCUGGGGUUGGAGCCAACCGGAGCGUCACACGGGGUUUUCCUGCUGAAUAGCAAUGCCAUGGAGGUGGUGCUGCAGCCGGCUCCUGCCCUGACUUGGAGAACUGUGGGGGGGAUUCUGGAUCUCUAUGUCUUCUUGGGGCCCGAGCCCAGCUCUGUCAUCCAGCAGUAUCAGGAAGUCAUAGGUUUCCCUGCCAUGCCACCUUUCUGGGGCCUGGGCUUUCAUCUGUGCCGCUGGGGGUACGGGUCCAGCAACGAGACCUGGGAGACAGUCCGAGCUAUGAGGAACUACCGGAUCCCUCAGGAUGCGCAGUGGAAUGACAUUGACUAUAUGGAAGGAUUUCGGGAUUUCACCUUUGACCCCAAGAACUUUGGGACACUUCCCCAGCUGGUGGCUGACCUCCACAAGCACGGGCAGUACUACGUCAUGAUUCUGGACCCUGGCAUCAGCAGCACUCAGCCGCAGGGUUCCUACCCUCCUUAUGAUGAUGGUUUGAUCCGAGGAGUCUUCAUCAACACCACCCAGGGGCAGCCACUGAUCGGUCAGGUGUGGCCAGGGCUCACUGCCUAUCCUGACUUCUCCAAUCCGGAAACUCAUCAGUGGUGGCUGGAGAACCUGAAGCAGUUCCAUACUCAAGUUCCUUUUGAUGGGCUCUGGAUUGACAUGAAUGAACCUUCCAACUUCAAGGAUGGAUCAGUGAACGGUUGUCCUCCUGGAGAACUGGACAAUCCACCCUACAAACCAGCGGUGCUGGGAGGCUCCUUGUUUGCCAAGACCAUCUGUGCCUCUGCAGAGCAAAGAACCUCUACGCAUUACAACCUCCACAACCUUUAUGGACUGAUGGAAGCCAAAGCCACAGCUAGUGCCUUGAUCUCCAUCCGUGGGAAGCGGCCGUUUGUGAUCUCCCGCUCCACCUUCCCCAGCCAGGGCAAAUACUCAGGGCAUUGGCUGGGCGACAACAGGAGUGAGUGGAAGGACAUGUACUGGUCAAUCCCAGGUCUGCUCAACUUCAAUCUCUUUGGGAUCCCCCUGAUCGGAGCUGACAUCUGUGGGUUCUCGGGUUCCACUUCCGAGGAGCUGUGCACCCGGUGGAUGCAGCUGGGAGCCUUUUACCCCUUUGCUCGGAAUCACAACACCCAAGGCGAGAAGCCCCAGGAUCCAGUGGUGUUUAGCCCUCUGGCCCGGACCACGAUGAAGGAGGCCCUGCUGGCCCGCUACACCCUGCUGCCCUUCCUCUAUACGCUCUUCCACCGGGCCCACCGCUGGGGGGACACUGUGGUGCGCCCCCUUUUCUUCGAGUUCCCCCAGGACAUCGUCACCUACUCUCUCGAUCGGCAGUUCCUGUGGGGUCGCAGCCUCUUGGUGACACCAGUGCUGGAGGCAGGGGUCGAUGCCGUGAUUGGCUAUUUCCCCAGUGGCGUGUGGUACGACUACUACACGGGCUCAUCUCUGUACAGUCAGGGAGAAAGGCUCAAGUUGGCGGCUCCCUUGGAUCACAUAAACGUGCACGUCCGGGAAGGAGCUGUCAUCCCUACCCAGAGACCAGCUACCACCAGCUGGGUGAGCAGUGGCAAUCCCAUGAGCCUGUUGGUUGCUCUAUCCCAGCAGGGCACUGCCUGGGGAGACCUGUUCUGGGAUGACGGGGAGAGUUUGAAUACCUUUGAGCGGGGUGACUACUCCUACCUGGUGUUCAAUGUCUCUCAGAAUGUGUUCACAUCCACGGUCCUCCACUGCAACGUAGAAGCCACGUACCUCGUGGUAGAUGGGCUGACCAUCUUUGGGGUGCGAGACCGGCCCCAAGAAGUCACUGUGAAUGGCCAAGAGACUCCAUUCUCCUAUCUGGACAACCAGGUUCUCCACGUGAGCGGCCUCAAUCUGAACCUCAGCCAGCCCUUCUCCGCUAGGUGGAUGUGAAAGACAAACCCAGAGGCUCCUCGGGAUUUGGAUGGAAACCAGGCAAAAGCUGGUUCUCGAAGAAACCGUCCCCCAGGGUGCCCUCGUAUACCUGGGUGUGUGCGUGUGUGUCUGCGUCUGUGUGGGAAGGAUGGAGAAGAACAUGGGUCCCGUCCCAUCCGUCUAUUAGCAAAGUAUGUAUGUGAAAAUGCCAGCUUGAAGCUCAGUCUGUCCAGAAUCCCUAAACAGUUUCUGGAAGAUCUCCCGGUCCCGGCUCAGGGGAAAUCCCUCCUCUUCCCCAAACAGGACGGUGGCAUCUGCAGCUGCCUUAAUGCUGUCCUGGUACUUGCACCCACAGCUGAAUUUCACCAUCAGUAGUGUCUUCUUUGAGUAUGAAGGACGACACUCAUUCUGUGUGUGGAUGUGUGUGGUUGUUCAAUUGCUGAACCUUUGGAUUCCUUGAUUCCCCAGUUUCCUUCUGCCUUAGAGGGCUCUAUGAAGCCAUUACCACAAGGAUUUUCCCACUGCUAAGCACUUUACCCAUUCGUGCCCAUCGUCCGCUGCCCAUUUCACUGGGAAGGAGGCUGGAAAGCUGCUUAGGUUAUCGGACGGUCACGGACGCCCCUCAGCCUAACCUUCGGCGAUGUGUAUUUUGGCCUCCAGCGGAGUUGAACCGCCCCUCCCCUUCUCACCCUCUCCCCGUCACCUUCGGGAACGAGGGAGAUGGGAGGGUGUAAUUGCCAUUUGGACUUUUUGGCUCAACGGUGCAGAUAUGUUGGAGUGCGUGGGCCAGAAGUCCACAGGGCGGACUCCUGAAAGAGCCUCCUUUACUUGGAAAUACACUGCAAACCUAGAGGGGUUCACAAAUAAAGCUCUCCCAGGGAGUGUCUACAUCUCAGUCACCUGAA